AUGGAGCUAGUAGUAUCAGCAAUUGCAGGUGACCUUGUCAAGAGAUUCAUAUCCUACUUGAUCAAGAAGUAUGAGAGGCAAGACAAUCUUCAGAGAAAUAUCGAAAGGCUGCAACAUCUCCUGCUUAAUGUGCACAUGAUUGUCGAGGAGGCUGAGGGGCGAUGCAUCACUAACUCCAAGAUGAUACUUCAGUUCAAGAAGAUUUUGGACAUCAUGUACCAAGGCUAUCAUGUCCUGGACAUCAUCAACCAUAGGACCACCCUUGGUAGCUCAAUACCUGAAGAGGAGGUUAGCAGCCCAAACACUCUGUCAACCACUACAAGCUAUGUUAGUCCUUUUCAUGCUGCAUGGAGCACUACCAUUACACAUGAUCAGCUUCAGAUCACAUUGGAUAGCUUAGAAACAGUUGUUUCUAGUAUGACAGAGUUUGUCUUUCUGCUUGGUGGAUGCAAACGCCUGUACCGAAAACCCUAUGACACAUAUCUUUAUUUUGAUAACUUCAUGUUUGGUCGUCACGUAGAAAACCAGCAAGUGAUCAGUAUCUUACUGCAAGAAAAUAUUCCUCCUUUCGCUCCAAGUGUUCUCCCAAUCAUCGGCCCUAGUAGGGUUGGUAAGAGAACUCUAGUUGCUCAUAUUUGCAAAAAUGAGAUUGUUCAGUCACACUUCACAUCAAUCCUGUACUUGAAUGCUGAAGACAUAACAAAAAUGGAGUUCACCACUUUUACCCAUAGGAGGGUUUUGUUUGUGAUUGAGUUUACGGCGGAUACGGAUGACGAGCACUGGAAGAAGUUUUAUAUAUCAUCCAUGCAUAUGGGAAGAGGAAGCAAGAUCAUAAUUACAAGUAGAAUUGAGAGGAUAUCAAGGUUUGGAACAGUAAGGCCAGUUCACCUUAGCAGUUUGUCACUUGGGGAGUAUAGCUACCUCUUCAAGGUUCUUGCAUUUGGCAGCACCAACCCAGAGGAGCACCCUCAAUUGGUAUCCAUUGCAAAUGAGCUCUCAAUGUUGCUCGGUGGGUCAUUCAUGUCAGCCAAUGUGUGCGCGAGUACAUUUAGAAAGAAUCAGAAUGUUCACUUCUGGCUCCAUGUCCUGAAGAAGCACAGAAACAUGGUUCAGAAAAAUUUCUCAGUAUUCAGACAACACCCCAAGCUUCUUUUUGAGAGAGAACAUCAAAUAGACAUAAGCAUGUUUGCAUCGUCAUCCUCUCCACUUCGCCUCAUGCCUCGUACUUCUGAAGAAAUUCAGACAAAGACAGAUUUGUCUGUGGUGAUGCUCGAAGACCUGGUGACUAACUCUGUAGUUCUACCAAAGGAGGACUUUGAGUUGGUCUGGGAAUCACGGAUACCCCCUUACAGAAGGUUGGUCUUCAUUGCUGCAUAUCAGGAUGUCGAGAAGAAUUUCCAGCAUGAAUCAUCACCUUGCAAGAAGCGUCGAAGACUAGAUAAAUAA